AUGGAACAACGCCAAACACGGUCAACGAGUUUAGACACAUGGAGCCCUGAGCAGCUCAAGAAGAUGGUGUUUGGUGGCAACAACACCUUCGAGGCUAAGUACACUUCAAGAGCUGCUAAUUUGUAUAGGCGGAUUCUUGCUGAAGAAGUUGCUAAAGCCAUGGCGGAAGAAACUACCUCUGGUUUACCGUUGAGUGUUCCAGUAAGCCUAAGCCGUUUGUUGGUUUUAAGUUAA